UUGAAGUGCAAUGAGAGGCAGAAUUCACCAGUGACUUCCCCGGGAUCUUCCCCUCUUUCACAAAGAAGAAAACCACUUCCAGACCCCCUGCAAAUCCCACAUCUUAGUCUUCCACCUGUACCUCCUCGUCUGGAUCUUAUUCAGAAGGGAGUAGCACGGUCACCAUGUGCCAGCCCAACUGGAUCACCAAAGUCUUCUCCUUGUAUGGUAAGGAAACAAGACAAACCUUUGCCAGCACCACCACCUCCCUUGCGUGAUCCUCCGCCGCCCCCACCAGAGAGACCCCCUCCAAUUCCACCAGACAACAGGAUAAGCAGACACCUGCAUCAUCCAGAAAGUGUGCCUUCCAGAGACCAGCCGAUGCCCCUUGAAGGCUGGUGUCCCAGAGAAGUGUUUGGGACAAGUCAGUUAAUAGGAUGUCGAAUAGGGAGUGAUGCUUCUCCCAAACCAGGACUGACUGCAAUUUCGAACAUAAAUGGAAGGCACAACCGCAUAAGUUCUGAUCCAGGAUUUAUGAGGAAACAUAGACGUCACGAGCUGCCUGCAGAAGGUGCCAAGGUCUUUUCAAAUGGUCAUCUGAUAAAUGAAGAAUAUGAUGUCCCUCCACGACUUUCACCCCCUCUUCCAGCUGCCUCCAUCAUCCCUAGUAUAAAGUGCCCUGUUCCUUCAGCAAAUUCUCUGUCUGAUAAAUCAAGGGAUCACACAGAUGAUGAUGAUGAAUACAAAGUUCCUUCUUCACAUCCUGUAAUACUGAGCUCACAACCACCUCAUAGUCAUAAUAUAAAACCUCUUGCUCGGGUGUGUGAGAAUGGUCAGUGUGCUGGAGUAACGAAUGGGACACACAGUGCUACUUCUGAGAUGAAGAAAUCAAAACAUCCAGAGUUAGGAGAUGUCUAUGAUGCACCUACUGUUCCGGUACCUUUGCCACCUGCACGACCACCUACAAGAGACAACCCAAAACACAGCUCUUUGCUCAACAGGACACCCUCCGAUUAUGAUCUUCUGGUGCCCCCUUUAGGUGAAGAUGCGUUUGAUAGCUCACCCCCUUCACUACCACCACCACCACCACCUGCUCGGCACAGCAUGAUUGAGCACACAAAACCUGCUGGCUCAGGAAGCCGACCUCCUUCAGGACAGGAACUGUUCCUGCAUUCUGAUCCCCAUUUUGAUCCAAUAACUGGUCAUGUUCCUUUGCCACCUGCUCGUAGAGUAACUGGUGAAAACGUCAAAACAAAUAGGACAUCUCAAGACUAUGAUCAACUUCCUCCUCCUUCAGAUGGUUCACAAGCACCAGCCAGACCCCCUAAACCACUUCCUCGGAGGACUGCACCAGAAAUACACCACAGGAAAGCAUACAGCUCUGACAGUUCCACGGAAAAUGUGGAUGCAAAAAUUGCAAAACUUAUGGGAGAGGGCUAUUCCUUUGAAGAAGUCAAGAGGGCACUUGAAAUUGCCCAGAAUAAUGUUGACGUGGCCCGUAGUAUUUUAAGAGAGUUUGUCUGUUUUCCUCCACCGGUCUCACCACGUCUCAAUCUAUAGCAGUGUCAAGAUAUUCUUGGAGCAUGUGAAUUCUACAUAUAUACGCGUGGAUUGAGGAAUGAGAGAAAGAAGAGAACGGAAUAUUUUUCUUCCAUCCUUAGUAGAAGGGUGUUUGUUUCCAGCCACUUAUCAAAGGCUCAUGGCUGCUCUGAUCAAGACUUAUAAAUAUGCUGAGGCUUAUGUAUUUUUGCUAGCCAUACUUUUUUAAAUCAGGGUUGAACUGACAAAAUAAUUUAAAGAAGUUUACUUCCCUAGAACUUUUAAUCUGUGAAAUGCUUUUUCUUGUUUACAAGUUGGCAAGUUAGUUUUCUAGUUGACGCCUGUACUAUGUUCCUGUUCAUAUUCCCUUGUACUUGUGGUCAGUUCUGCUGUAGCAUUCCCAACAGUUUUCAUGCUGACCACCCCAUCAACUAAAUCAUCACUUUCCAGAA